AUGAUGGAUUCAUAAUAGAGAAUGAGAUUUGCGACGAUAAAAAUAAUAUUUAAUUUGAUGGUUGUUAUAAAUGUUAUGAAAGUUGUUAAUUAGAAUGUUUAACUUGUAUAAAUUCAUAAUGUUAUGUGUGUUAAGAUGGAUGGAUUCUCUUAGAUAACAAAUGUUUUUAAAAGUGUGGAGAUAAUCGAAUUGCUAGGCUAUCUUCUGAAUAAUGUGAUGAUGGCAACUAUGAACCUAAUGAUGGGUGUUAUGAUUGCAGAUUUGAAUGUGAUUAGAAUUGCUUUUCAUGUGCUACUAAGGACUUUUGUUUUUCAUGUCUAGAUUAUUUUCAAUAGAUAAAUGGUAAAUGUGUACCUAUUUGUGGUGAUGGAUAUGUGGUACCCGGUUUAGAGGAAUGUGACGAUAAAAAUGAAACCCAGUUUGACGGGUGUUAUUAAUGUUAGUUUUAAUGUGAUGAAAAAUGUGAUAAAUGUAAUUAGGGAAAUUGUAUUGAAUGUUAGAGAGGGUAUGAAACAGAUGAUAAUAAAAAAUGUUUAGCUAACAAGGAAGGAUAAGUGGAAGAUGAAGAAAGAUUAUAAUAUUCUGAUAAAUAAUUUAUAUGUGGAGAUACAAUAAGGCAAUAAAAUGAAGGGUGUGAUGAUGGAAACGAGUAAAAUUAUGAUGGGUGUUCGUAAAUGUGCUAAAUUGAAGAUAAUUGGUAAUGUAAUGAAGAUAUACCAAAUAAAUGCUAUCGUAUUACAUAAAUUUUACUAACAUAUCUCAACCAAACAUAAGAUAAAUAAUAUGUAUAUUUAACUUUUAGUCAAAAAGUUAAAUGGACGGGAGCUUCAUCAAAUUUUACUCAAGCCAUCUUAACUAAAAUAGAAGGAGUAGAAAAUAAAAUAUUUAUUACUUCAGUAAUUGAAAUUGACAAAGAAAUACCUAAUGAUCCAGUUUAUUAAUUUGAAAUCUAAAUUUUAAGUUCUAAAUCUACUUCACCAAUCUUGGUUGCCAGUAUUUAGGACGGUGUAAUAGAUGAGCAUGAUUUUAAUUUAGGUUUGGUCUCAUAAGAGUUACAACUCACAAUAUUAUCUAAUUCUCAAAUAAAUGCUGCAAAAAAAUUUUAAACUUUGGGAAAUUACCUUAUGAUUGGGUUAGGAUGUAAAAGUGCUUUAAUGUUACUACUAGGGGAUCCCUAAUCAAGCCUAGAAAUUUUUGACACACUCUAAUUUUAAUCUUAUUUGCGGUUUAUAAAUAUUCAAUUUCCAUAAAACAUACAAAUUUAUUUUGAAUCUUCUGAUUCUGUAACAGUAACACCUGUUUUAAUUAAAUUGAACAUAUUCGACUUUUUUAAUAAUUUAAUUGGAAAUGAACAUUUGGACAGCAUAGGUAAAUUAUAAGAAUAUAAACUUAAUGCAGACUUGUUAACUAACAUCUACGGAUUCAUGACUUAAAUAAUCUUAUUUUUUGGACUAUUCAUAUUACUUAUUGUUUAUAAGAAACUCUUCUUUAAUUAUUGUUUUUCAAUCAAACAUAUUUAUUAUGUUAGAUUAGCUAAAUCCUCAUUUGUUGAAUCAAUAGCCAUUAAAUUCUAUAAGUUAAAUAAGAAAUUUUUACAUUUAAGAAAUCUUUACACAAAAUAAGGAUUGCUACAAUUAUUUUAUGCAAACAGUUGGGACUUACUUUUUAAAGUGAUUAAGGCUUAACCUUUUUCUAUUGCAUCAUUAUAAUAAUUUUAUUUAUAUUUUGAUUAGCUUCAUCUUUAAUACAAAGGUAUAAAAUUCCAAAAAUGA